AGCAGCACAGUCAGUCUGCAAACUUCGGAGCGUACGGUUGUCAAGUUGCGGUCGCCUGCGUGUCUUCUCUUUCCCGAUUUCAGCACUCUUCCCGCACACACGCACAGCACACACAGGAGCAAGAGAGGGUGGAGCGGCGAGAGGAGGCGACUUUCGCUCAUAUUUCUCGCAUUGUUAUUGUUGCCGUAGUGUAUAUACCCACUGUGUGACUCCACUGUGUGCGUGUGUUUUUCCUGGAAGUUCGAAUUCUCUUUUUCCGUCUGCCGUCGAGCAAAUAAAAAGUUGCUAAUUGGUAGCAUCGAAGUCGGAAUCGGAAUCAGAAUAGGCAUAGGAAUCGGAAUUACUAGCCAAUAACCAUGGCCGACAACAACAACUGCCCCAAGUGUAAAAAAUCAAUCGCCGCCAAGGAGGCGGCCGCCACCAGCAUUGGAUGCAGUGGCGAGGACUGCCGGAGGAGGUUCCACCGCACGUGCGUCAGCAUCGACGAUGCCUUGUUCGAGGCGAUCCAGAAGAACCCGAUGAUAUCUUUCCACUGUGACGAGUGCAAGAACCAGUCGCCGCGCUCCUUCGCCGCCAAGUUGCACACAAUCGAGGAGAAGGUCAAUAAGGUGUGCAACGGGGUCAACCAGAUCCAGGGACGGAUGUACCAGCAGUACUUCCAAUUCGGCAACCAACCGCUUCAGGCGCUCGGAGCCUCGGCCGCCGGCGUGGGUGGCGGUGGCCUUGGAGGUGGACUGGAUGGCAAGAAGCAUCCGCAGCAGAACAACCUCAUUGUGGUAGGGAACAACUGCAAUUCCGAUCGAUUGCAGGUCGUCUGCGACUACGGCCGAUGGGUACAGGUGGGCAAGUUCGCCACGAAUACUAGCGAGGAGGAUGUGAUUGAUCACUUGGCCGAGGAACUGAAGAUCAACAAGAACCUGGUGAAGUGCACCAAGCUGGUGAAAAACGAUGCCAACCUUUCGCAGUUGUCGUACUGCAAGUUCAAGAUCUCCAUUCCGGACUACCGCUUCAAUGAGCUUUUCAACGAGGCCAUCUGGCCCAGCGGCGUGAUGGUCAGCCCCUUCACACCACGUUCCCAGUUGAACCAGAACCGCCUCUAGAGGGACGUGCCCGGCGGCCGGGAGAGCGGUGACCGGGCGAGGGUGAAGCAGUAAGCGGUAAGGUGGAGGUGGAGAUGGAGGUGAAGGAGUAACAGGAGCAGCUGGAGAGGAAGUACCCAAAGGAAGGAAUGCGCCUGCGCAGGGAGAGGAUAAACGACGAUGAGGCGGAGAAGGAGGAACUGCAUCGCGGCCUAGCACCCAAGGGUUGCUAUACGCACUGCAACUACAUCGCGGAUUUCCCCAUUCCGCUCUAAUCCGGUUUUCCCUUUGGGCCGAUGGAGCAGCAGGCGGAGGAGGAGCAACUAUGUGGCCCCCAUUGUAUGCUAAUUUUCGAAACUCGAAAACAUUGUCUAGAUCUUUAAAAGCUUACAGAACCUAUCUAAUGGAAAACCAACAAGCAUAUUUAUUGAAUUAACUUUGAAAAUGCAUUUUAAAAUGUUUUAGCGUUGCGUAAAUAACGAAAAUGAAAUCGAUAAAGAAAACCAAAAGUAUUUUAAUGGCAAAAACUCACAAGUAAAAUAGAUGUGAAGCAAAAAUAUUAGUCAUUUAUGCAUAACUGUCGUACUUAAAUUAAAGUAAACCCGAAAACAAAACAAGAAACUAAGAAAACUAAAACCAAGCUAAACUUACUUAAACACACCGAAAUUGAUGAUUAUUCAGGCGCGUAUUUAAACCAUUUACUGACCAGGCACCGAGAUUCCCUUUUGAUUUUCCAAACUCAAUUCCAGGACUUGAGAGAUUUGCAUUUCGAGUCCAGAUCGUUAUAGUUUUUCCAAAUCGAUAGACAUUUUUUUACGACGCGUGUGCGAUACCUAUCACAUUAAGUACUUAACCGUAACCAAUAUCAAACGUAUAUUCAAGCAGACGACGGCUUAUAUUGUAUUCGUAUAUGUAUGUAGUUUGAGGCAUUUUCAAAGCUUGUUCCUGUUCCCAAAAACGUUUGGACAUUUUGCGAACCACUGCACAGGACACUGGCCAGCAGCUAGACCCAUUCAAAUUCAGAUCGGAAAUAUAUGUAUUUGCGUUUUCGACGAGGGGAAACCCCAAUCUCAAUCCCAAUCCCACGUAUCACGGAUCAUGGGACAUGGGACCUGGCCAAACACAAAUGGCAGUUACCAAAACACGUUCCACACGGACACAUUCGAAACGAUAAAACAAAGCUGGGCAAACCCGUUGCAAUAAUUACUCACUGCUCGAGUGUAAUGGAUGUACAUUUCGUAAUUGAUCUAUUUUUUUACACCAAUCCAACAGCAAUAUUUUCCGUGGGCUCCACGCCAGCGAUCCGAACAGAACCGUAGAUAUUUACGCAAGAGUCAGCAAACGAAAUGUAAAACACAUAUAUUAUAUAUUUAGUAUACAACAAUAUGCAUGCAUGUAUUUAUGUCAACUUUUUCAAUAAAUUCUACAAAAAUUAAA